CUGAGUACGUUUGAAUCUCGUUGCAUCCGCAACUUUCCUACCACUCGUCCUCGCUCUUUUACGCAUGUGCGGGACUAUCGCGCUGGCGAACGGGCAGCCGCGGCCAUUGGAGCAGUUAAUGCUGCUACUUGCACCUCGUUUACAGCUGCCGUAUGACUUGGUGCAAAACACAUACGCAAGAACAACGAUUUACUGCUUCUGGUGCUUGCUGUGCUUAAUUUUACAUCUACGGGGCGCCUACUCGAAAGUCGGCUUGUGCGAGGUGGAAUCGGGACACUCGAACAUCAUCCUCGAUAUCGAGGAGAGCAGGGGAAAUGCGAUCGAUCAGAAGACCGUGCCGGAAGAGCUUCCGGUGUCCGGCGAUCCAUAUAACGAGACGAUGCUGGAGCUGAUCUUCAUGGGAAAACCGUCCAUCUUUAAACUGAACGGCAAGAAACUGCAGCUUCUGCAGCCGCUGGACAGGGACGAUAAAAACCUCUCGCAUAUAAUUUUUCAGCUCAGCUGCACGGUCAAGUCCACCAACAAGAAGCGCACGAUUCCGGUGAUCGUGAGGGUGUCCGACAUCAACGACAAUGCGCCGAAAUUCAUCAACACGCCGUACGAGACCACCGUGCCGGAGCUCACCCCGGUCGGCUCGACGAUCUUCAAGAACGUGGAAGCGGUCGACGCCGACGCCGGCGUCAACGGCAUCGUCGAGUACUCGAUCGCGCCCGGCGACAGCAGCAAGAUCGGUGUCAACGAGGGCGUCGGACGCGACAGGAUCACCACCGCCGACGGCUACGGUUACUUCAGCAUCAAUCUGCCGCACCAGGGCCAGGUUACGGUCAACCGCACGUUGGACUACGAGAGGACUCAGCGUUAUCUCGUCACCAUCUUGGCUUCGGAUCGGGCGAGGAACGUCAGCGAAAGAUUCACAUCCACGACCACGUUGACGGUCAACAUCCGGGACGAUGACGACCAGGAUCCGUCCUUUAUUUAUCAAGGCUGUAUGCUUUUGGAUGGCGCCUGCAUUAAUCCGGAAUAUUCGGCGUCGGUAUCGAGCGGAGUUCUAUCCGGCAUUCUCAAUAUCUCGCCCGAGAAAAUACAGGCGGUCGACAUGGACAGCAUAAACGCGCCGAUCCAUUAUUCCUUCCUCAGCGGAAAUCCGCCGAAUUACCGUGAUUUCUUCGAGAUCAACCCCAAUACCGGAGCGGUGAGGCAGAUCAAAGCUGUCGAUACGACGGUGACGAAGAAGUUCGACACGAUCAUCAAGGCGGUCGAGGUGUCGGAGGCGAAACGAUCGGCCACUGCCAAAUUAACGAUCACCGUCAAGCCGGUCGACAGCAAUCCACCCGUUAUAACGGCAUCAAGUAUCGAGGGUUACGUCGACGAGAACGCUCCGAUCGGCACAAAGGUCAUCGAUAAAAACAGGAAUCCCAUUGUGCUCAACGUGUCGGAUGCUGAUUUGGGACCGGACGACCCGAAGCCGGCGUACACUUUCGAGGUGACCACAAACUUCUUCGCGAUCGAUCCCGCCGGCGUGCUCGUCGUGAACGAGGAGGAUCUGGACCGAGACCCUCCGAGUCCCGGCCGUUUCCGCUUCCAGGUGGUCGCCCGCGAGAAAACGGGUGUGGCCGCGUCGUCGCCUUUGUCGUUCGUCGUGACAUUGAACGACGUUAACGAUAAUGCGCCCCAACUACCUAUGAUGCCACCCAUCACCGUUCAAGCGGGAGAAACGAAGAGACAAGUAACAAAGGUGGAAGCGACGGACAACGACGAGGGGGAGAAUGCGGAGAUAACGUACAGUAUCUAUCACGUGUCGAACAACGGCCUGCAGAAGUUCAAGAUCGAUCCGAAGACCGGGCUGAUCGAGACCAUGGGGAAACUGAACGCCGGCGAGCAGUACAGCAUCACCGUGCAGGCCACCGACAAGGGCGGCAAGUACUCGCAGACGAUCGUCGAAGUGAACGUCAUUCCCGGGCCGAACACCAGAAGCCCCGUGUUCCAGCAGCCGGUGUACGAGGUGCAAGUCAGCGAGGGGGCCUCUAUCAAUUCCACGGUCGCUACUAUCACCGCCAUCGACCCAGAAAACGAUCCGGUAUCGUAUUCGAUAGUGUCGGGAAAUGACUUGCGCCAGUUCGCGAUCGGCGACAAAUCAGGCGUUAUUACCGUUAUAAGGAAGCUAGAUAGGGAGGACCUGACCCGAUAUCAGUUGUUGAUAAAGGCCGAGGACAGCGGUGGUCUAUACAGCACUGCGACGGUGAAUAUCAUGGUCACCGACAUCAACGACAAGAAUCCCGAGUUCGUGGGUCUCCCUUACGAAUUUUCGGUCAAGGAGGGCGAAGCGCGUAAAAUAAUCGGUCGCGUACACGCCGAAGACGCCGACGAGGGCGUCAACGCCGAGAUCACUUACUUCGCACCCGAUGACAUUCCCUUCACCGUCGAUCCCGAAACCGGCGAUGUUCUGACGAAGAUAGUACUGGACUACGAACAGAAAGACGAAUACAAAUUCGUGGUGACUGCGAGGGAUGGAGCCCCCGAUUACCGUUUGGCGACGGCGACGGUUACAGUGAAAGUCAUAGACGUCGAGGACGAGGUUCCGGUCUUUCACCAGAGCAGUUACGAGGCGCGUGUCAAGGAAAACGUGCCCGAUUACAAUGUGAUUCAAGUCACGGCCGAUGAUCCGGACACAAAGAAGCAAAUUACAUACAUGAUCAAGCAAGGGGAUACCGAACUCUUCAGCAUAGACCCGAAGACCGGACUCAUAAAAACUGUCCGCGGUCUCGAUUACGAGAAGGAUAACCAACACGUCCUCAUAAUAGGCACCGUUGAGAACACCAGCGAUUUACCUGGCUCCACCACUCGCGUUGUUGUUAAUGUUCAGGACGUUAACGACAUUCCACCGGUAUUCACGUCGGUGCCACGUCCCAUUACUCUGGACGACGAUGCCCCUAUAGGCACGAACGUGACUAAUCUCGUCGCGGAGGAUUCCGACGGCACCGCACCGGGAAAUCAGGUUCGAUACGAGAUCAUCGGCCGCGGUAUCGCCAGCAAAUACUUCGCGAUCGAUGCCGACACAGGCGUCCUCCGGAUACGGGACGACUUGCGCAAGGAGACCGACUCCGAAUAUCAGAUCGAUGUACGUGCUUACGACAUGGGAGAGCCGCCGUUGUCCUCCGUGACGAGCGUGCCGGUGUUCGUUCGUCACGUGGCGACGGUGCCGCCUGAGAUCGGUUUGGGCUUCGCAGAGAACUCGUACAACGUCGAUGUGCCUGAGGACGCAGGCGACAACACGCUAAUAAAGAUAAUCACCAUCAUCAACAGUCACACGCACGACACCACGCCGCUCAGGUGCGAGAUUUACAGCGGCAAUGAGGCCGGUCUAUUCGAGGCGAACAUUACGGAGGAACGGAAUUGCGCGCUGAGGCUGAAGAAGGGCGCCUUGGAUUAUGAGACGACGGAAUCCUACCAGAUCAAGAUUAAGCUGGAGUCGCUAUCGGGCCUCUUAAACUCGGGCAGAAACACGACAAUGGUGAAGAUCCAGGUGCUCGACGUGAACGACAACAAGCCGGAAUUUAUCUUCCGGGAGACUAGCCAGGGACUUACAAGGGGACGUUAUUUCGCGGCAAUUCCGCGCACCGCGCAAUUUGCGUCCACCGUUGUGCAGGUGAAGGCCCACGACAAGGACAACGGGAAAUACGGCAAGCUAGAGUACAGGAUCUUGGAAGGACGCGGCUCCAAUUACUUCGGCAUCGAUAGCUCUACCGGCAUUAUCAGAACCACGGCAACGUUCGAUAAUGUGGAUUCGUCCGAGCUGCCGUUUAAGUUCGACGUCCGCGUGCGCGACAAUCCCAACUCGACCGAUAAUUACAACUCGAUCGUCGCCCCGGUGAUCGUCAAUCUCAUCGGCGAGGAGAACCUGAUGAUCUUGGUGGUGCAGGACGCGGCGCCGGACGCGCUGCAGAAGGAGGCUGGCAAAAUAGUGAAUUUAAUAGAGGAGAAGAGCGGCCUAUUGAUCGGCAUCGACAGGGUCGUGGUGAGGAAGAUCCUCACGAAGAACGGCACCAUCGAGGUAAUCCCGCAGGACUCCGACGUGUGGUUCUAUGCGGUCGACCCGGACACCGAGGCCAUACUCAACAGAAACAGCUCCAAAGUGCAAAGAUCGAUCAUGGACAAACAGGCUAUGUCGAACAUCACCUUUGAUGUGUCCACGCUGAUACGGGCAAACGCUAUUAACAUUCACGCACCCGUAAUACCACCUGAGCCGAUGCGAACGCAAACGGCAGUCGCAUUCAGCGGUGAGGUGUUCCCGUAUGCGCUGAUUAUAAUCGCUUGCGUGAUCCUGAUUCUCGGUAUCGCCGGUAUAAUCUACAUAUGCGUCUCUUGGUCCAAGUACAAGGCGUACAAGGAGCGAAUGCAACGCAUGUACGUGGUGCCGCGAUACGACCCUGUUUACGUGGAACCGAAUCUGAAGGAGUACGAGACCCAGGUACUGCAGAUGAGCGUGCCGGUCGACGAUAACGACAGUUACAACGACUUACAGCUGGACUUCAGCAACAAGAAUCACGCGUUCAGCCUCGACAACGUCAGUUACAUCACCAAAGAUCACGGAGACAGCACCGGUCAACAAAGUCCCGUUAGCUCCGAGGCGGCGACCACGGCGCGCGCGUCCAGCAUCGUCGGCAACCACGGCGACACCAACAUCCACUCCCUGCGAAGAUCCACAUUGGGCCGAAAGAAUCACAGUGCGAGCAACACGAACACCCUGAACAAUCGCGACGCGACACCGGUCCUUAAUCCCCUGUACAAUCACGGCGCAGACCUGCUGAGUCCUAGUCCGUCCAACGACAACGUCACCUUCAGAGAGCGGAAGGAUUACUCUCAUCUCGGCUUCACGUAUCUGGGCGAGCAGAGCCCCGUCGAGACGACGACGGAGUUGUAAGUUUCGACGAUGCGCGAACCGUAUCGAUCACCUCUCGAAAGACUGUCGCGGAAUCGCACGCGUACUCUCCUCGGGCUUCUCCGGCGGGGAGCGAGCCGCGAUUUCCCGAGAUGAUUCCCGAAGUGUAUCUUCACUCGCGAUAUCGCGCACGCGACGAACAACAGCUGUGAUGAGCGCGAUACCCCGGGCGGAGUUUCGUUGAUCCUAAAGAUCUCGAGCGUUCGAUCCGACUCAUUCCGCGCACGGGAUUCCCGCCGCUGACCGCGCGUUGCUUCCGGCGGAAGCUGGCGCGGUACUUCCUUCAGCUUCGUGAGAACAACGUCGCUGGAACAACAACACGUGCGGCGUGACGACACGGAAUGUGAUCGAUAGCCGCGCGACCGGUUCUUCCUUCAAUACGUCGACAAACCCCCAAAGCGCCAUACGAAGAGAGCAAUGCGUGAAAGCUUCUAGAGAUAGUCGAAGAACCUCCUAUAUACCCGUACAUAUUCCCCCCUCCCCCCCCCCCCCCC